AUGGCAUCCAAGAAAAUGGAAUAUGCUGCAGCUAAGAAGAAGCUGGAUUCAUUUAUCCAACAAGUCACCGUACUCAACAACACGUUGACUUUUGAUGUCUUGCGUGAAUUCGUCGAAGCUGCCGUGGAGGUGCGUAUCGAGCAAGUGGAUAGGCUGGAAAAAAGGUUUGAUGCUCUCUACGCGCAACUAGAGGACAACGACGCUGAUGAUAUUUUAGCGGAAUUUACCAACCACUAUAUUGAGGUAAAAACCAAGCUGACACGUCAGCGUCAUGCUUGCCAAGCUUCCGAAGCUCACAGCGCCACGACGCGGCCGUUUGCUGGCGAUCAAACUUCAAUUAUUGUCUCUCAGCCAAAGCAGAGGUUACCGGUGCUGCAAAUUCCAACGUUCAACGGUAAAUAUUCGGAUUGGCCGGAUUUCUUCUCGAUGUUCAACACCGUUGUACAUCAGGACGUAGAUUUAACAAGAAUUGUGAAAUUUCAGCACCUUCGGUCAAGUCUACGUGAUGCAGCGUUGGACACCGUUCGUUCAUUAGAGCUAAAUGAACAAAAUUAUGAUAAGGCUAUUGAUUUGCUUAAAGCUAGAUUUGAUAAUAAACGAUUGAAUUUCCAGGCUCAUAUCAGAGAUAUUUUUGAGCUCAAGAGGGUAGAGGGUAAUAGGGUUGCCAAACUUCGAGAACUCAGCGACACCGUAAAUGCUCAUUUGCGAGCAUUGCAAACUAUGGGAACAAAGGAACAGAUUGCUGACUGCUUACUCAUUCAACUAGUGUCCCAAAAUUUGGACGUCAAAUCUCGCGCGAAAUGGGAGGAACAAACACCUGUAAGCGAAAUACCUACAUGGAAUUCAAUGGCUAGAUUUUUGGAACAACGCUGUCAACAACUGGAAAAUGUAGAGAAUGUCCUUGGACUUCCGGAAAAACAGGUGGGCAAGAAAUUGUCAAAUCAGAUCAGUCGUAAGGUGCUUUUAACGGCAGCUGUAGCUGGAUGCAUAUUGUGUAGUUCUAGCGAACACAGAAUCGCAAGGUGCAAGCAGUUUCUAAGCCUUUCGCCCACCAUGCGCUAUAAAGAAGCAAAACGGUUAAACCUAUGCUUGAAUUGCCUUCGAGUCGGGCAUUCACUUAAAGACUGCAAGUCAGGAAACUGUAGGCAUUGCACGUCGAAGCAUCACAGUCUGCUCCAUCAAGACACAAAUUCCUUUCCUACAACUUCACAACCAAUGGCUUCCGAUAAAUCACCGCAGCUAUCACAACCAACUACAUCUAGUUCGUUCAACCCGUACUCGUUUUCUUCUUCAUCUUUCGGUCCUUCAGCUUCUGCACUCGUCGCAUCUGAAGUUCAAGCUAGCGUUGCUGACAGAGAGUUCGUUCUCUUAGCAACCGCCAUAAUUUAUGUAAAAAAUCGAUCUGGCUCCCUCAUUCCCUGCAGGGCUCUGCUAGAUUCUGCGUCACAAUUAAACUUUAUAACCAAUCGACUCGCUAAUCAACUACAAUUGAAGAAGAUCAAAUCUUCACAGUUCAAUUCUGGUAUAGGCUAA